UCUACUGUGUUUGUGCGUGUGUGUGUGCUUACAUAAGCCCCACAAAGGUCUGGUCAUGCGCUCAAUAGCUAUUUAAGCCAGAAGAGGGGAAUGGGCUGACCCUUGGGGUGCUACAGUUCUGCAGACAGAGAGGAGCAGCAUGCACAGUCAGAGCAUGUGGAGAGUGGGUCUUCUGAUGGUGACCCUGUGUGUCACCCUAACGCUGGCCCAGUUCCCUCGGGAGUGCGUCACCCCUGAGGGGCUGCGGAGCGGCCAGUGCUGCCCGUCUCCUACCGGGACGGCAGGGGACGAGUGUGGCUCCAGCACAGGAAGGGGGCAGUGUGUGGCCAUCGCAGCAGACAACCGGCGCCAUGGACCCCAGUACCCUUAUGCUGGGCGUGAUGACAGAGAGAGGUGGCCGCUGAGAUUUUUCAACCGCACUUGCCAGUGUAAUGGGAAUUUCAGUGGCUAUAACUGUGGGCGAUGCCGACAUGGACUGACUGGACCAAACUGUGAUCAGAGGAUCUCUGUGGUAAGGAGGAAUAUCAUGCAGAUGAGCACAGCUGAGAAGCAGGCAUUUGUGAACGCUAUGGACCAAGCUAAGAGGACUGUCCACCCUGACCUGGUCAUCUGUACACGACGGUACCAGGAGGUGUUUGGGCCCGAUGGCAACACCCCGCAGUUUGAGAACAUCACCGUUUACAACUACUUUGUUUGGAGCCACUACUACUCUGUCAGUAAAACCUACCUCGGGCCGGGCCAGACCAGUUUUGGAGGCGUAGACUUCUCCCAUGAGGGCCCAGGUUUUGUCACCUGGCACCGUUUUCAUCUGCUGCAACUGGAGAGAGACAUGCAGGACAUGCUGGGCGACCCCACCUUCGCCCUGCCCUACUGGAACUUUGCCAUCGGAGGCAGCGAGUGUGACAUCUGCACUGACGACCUGCUGGGAGCCAGGAGCUCCUUCGAUAUGAGCUCCAUCAGCUCCAACUCUGUGUUCUCCCAGUGGAGGGUCAUCUGUGAGAGCGUAGAUGACUAUGACACUUUGGGCACCGUCUGCAACAGCACAGAGACCAGUCCCAUCAGGAGGAACCCAGCGGGCAACGUGGCUCGGCCCAUGGUGCAGAGGCUGCCAGAGCCCCAGGAUGUGUUGGACUGUCUGCAGCUCAACGCCUUCGACACUCCACCUUAUUACUCCACCUCCUCUGAGAGCUUCAGGAACACCAUUGAAGGCUACAGCGCCCCCCAGGGGAUGUACGACCCGGUGAUCCGCAGCCUCCACAACUUGGCCCACCUCUUCCUCAACGGGACGGGCGGACAGACUCACCUCUCGCCCAAUGAUCCCAUCUUUGUCCUGCUGCACACAUUCACCGAUGCAAUAUUUGACGAGUGGCUCAGCAGACACCAACCAGGUGAAAUAGUCUACCCUGAGGAGAAUGCUCCUAUUGGGCACAACCGGAGAUUCAACAUGGUUCCUUUUUGGCCUCCUGUCGCCAAUGCUGAGAUGUUUGUCUCUGCCCCAGAAAACCUGGGAUACUCCUAUGAGGUCCAGUGGCCAACUCGUGCCUACACCCUGUCUGAGAUCAUCACCAUAGCCAUUGUCGCGGCGGUGCUGGUAGUGGCAGUAGUGGGUGGCGUCAUCGCCUUUGCCGUGCGCGCCCGCUCCUACCGCUCAGCUGAGGCCCUGGAACCACUGCUGGGAGAGACUUUCCGACGCUACUCAGAGGAUCACCGGAGAUUGGACAAAUCACAGUCCGUUGUCUGAAUCCACAGUCUGUUGUCUAAACACAACAUUUUCAUGCAUUUGUUUUGCUUUUUUUAAAUUCCCCUACUUCUUCUAAUAAAGUUGAACUGGUUUUGAACCCAGA